ACCAACGAGCUCUCUCUUGCGCACGCAAUCCGAUUUCAGUUGACUGUGAUCAGCGGUGUUUAUGCGCGACUUUAAAGCACAGCGGCGCAGAGAAGUUGGUGGCCUAAGUGGAAACAGUGCAAGAUGGGAAAGAAGCUGGACGGCAGUGCGGGUGCUUAGUUUUCUAAAGACGCACAAGCGGCGCUGCCUGCCAUUGCGCACAACUUCUUACUGCAUGCAAAGGCACCGCAGCCGAAUUACAGUGUGGACUUUACUGAGCGGUAGCAGAGAUGGCUACACUCAUUCAUUCUUUGAUUAUUUGUGCAAAAUUCAUUUUUUAUUUGAAACUAACAUAUUGCAUGGAGGUAGAUUUCUUCAUACCUGUUCGUGUGGAUCACCAAGAGGAUGAAAAGCAUCUGCACCGGCAUGCGGAGCAGAUGAAUGAAAGACAGAUUGUUUUUCGACUAAGUGCAUUCAAACAGGAAUUCUACCUCCACCUCAAGCCGGAUUCUAGUUUCUUUGCACCGGGCAUCUUGAACCCUGAGACUGGCUCCUUAGCAUCCAACGCCUCUGUAGCGACGGACCUCAGGGAAUGCUUCUACUCCGGUGAUGUCAACGCAGAUCCGGACUCCUUUGCCGCGCUCAGCCUGUGUAAAGGUCUCCACGGGGGGUUCGCCUAUAACGGCAUGGAGUAUUUCAUCAGCCAGGGUAAAACUGAGGACGCAGCACCCGCGUCUGGAUAUAGAAACUCUUUCGACAGGACACAUGUCAUCCGCCGCAGGAGACGCGCUGCGCACUCAGGCGGCAACUUCACCAGCAGGUGUGGAGUUACACCUGAUACCAGCGUCACCAUUUCCCUGGAGAAAUACAAGUAUAUGAGUGAACUGGAUAAUGAUGGCUUAACUGAAACCGUGUUGAAAACUCUUGGGAGGUCCAAAAGGUUUGCCUCCAUCCCCAGGUUUGUGGAGGUGCUGGUGGUGGCAGAUGAGUCUAUGGCUAAAUUUCACGGGGAUGACCUGAAGCAUUACCUCCUGACCCUGAUGUCAGUAGCAGCCAGGCUUUACAAACACCCCAGCAUUUUCAACUCUAUAAACAUAGUGGUGGUGGGCUUCAUGGUGAUAAAUGAAGCUGACAAGGGACCUAAGGUUUCCAGUAAUGCAGCCCUGACUCUGCGCAACUUCUGCUCCUGGCAGAAGAAGUUGAAUAAACACAGCGACAAGCACCCAGAGUACUGGGACACUGCCAUACUGUUCACCAAACAGGAUCUUUGUGGGGCCACAACCUGUGACACACUGGGGAUGGCUGACGUUGGGACCAUGUGUGACCCGAAGAGGAGCUGCUCUGUCAUCGAGGAUGAUGGCUUGCCCUCCGCCUUCACAACUGCCCACGAACUUGGCCAUGUCUUCAACAUGCCCCAUGACAAUGUGAAGGCAUGUGAGGAGAUAUUUGGAAAACUAAAGGACAACCACAUGAUGUCUCCCACACUGAUUCAGAUUGACAGGAGCCGACCCUGGUCUGUGUGCAGUGCAGCCAUCAUUACUGAGUUCCUGGACAGAGGUCAUGGAGACUGUCUGCUGGACCAGCCUCAGAGGCAGCUGUCUCUUCCAGACAAUCUGCCUGGCUCCAGCUACAGCCUGCACCGUCAGUGUGAGCUAGCCUUUGGUCCAGGUUCCAAACCCUGCCCAUACAUGCAGCCCUGCUCCAAACUUUGGUGUACCGGGAAGGCCCGCGGACAGCUGGUCUGUCAGACCCGCCACUUUCCCUGGGCGGACGGCACCAGCUGUGGCAACGGCAAGGUCUGCUACCGAGGAGCCUGCACUGAUAAGAACACCACCAUGCACAUCAAGGUGGAUGGCCGGUGGGGGAAGUGGGGUGCAUUUGGAGACUGCUCCCGAAGUUGUGAUGGAGGAGUUCAGCUGGCCAAGAGAGAAUGUGACAACCCUGUCCCUGAGAAUGGAGGCAAAUACUGCUACGGCCUUCGCAUCAAAUAUCGCUCCUGUAACCUCAACCCUUGUCCGGAAACAGGUAAGAGUUUCCGUGAGGAGCAGUGUGAAGCAUUCAAUGGCUUGAACCUGAACACCAACAGGCUGGGUUCCUCUGUAGUUUGGGUUCCCAAAUAUUCAGGCAUCUCUCCCAAGGACAAAUGCAAACUCAUCUGCCGUGCUAACGGGACUGGGUACUUCUAUGUCCUCGCUCCGAAGGUUGUGGACGGGACGCCCUGCUCUCCUGACACCUCAGCCGUAUGUGUUCAGGGAAAAUGCAUCAAGGCAGGCUGCGAUGGCAAGCUGGACUCUAACAAGAAGUUUGACAAGUGUGGUGUGUGUGGUGGGGACAACCAGGGCUGCAAGAAGGUCUCAGGAAUGUUCACCAAACCUGUUCAUGGCUACAACUUUGUGGUGAUGCUUCCAGCUGGAGCCUCCAACAUUGACAUCCGUCAGCGCGGCUAUCGAGGAAUGGUCAGUGAUGAAAACUACCUAGCAGUUAAGAAUCAGCAAGGGAAGUACCUCCUGAACGGCAAUUACGUGGUGUCAGCUGUGGAGCGCGACCUGCUCGUGAAGGGCAGCCUGCUACGUUACAGCGGCACCUCCACAUCUGUGGAGAUUCUGCAGGCCACCAGACCCCUGCAGGAGCCUCUGACUGUGGAGGUACUCUCGGUGGGGAAGAUGACUCCUCCCAGGGUGCGCUACUCUUUCUACAUCUCCAAGGAGAGCAAGCAGGAGAAAACCCUGCAGAAAGAGGAGAGAAGCCACAAAACACACAACAGCAUCUUAGUGGAUAGCAACAAAGUAGAAGUUAAGAAACAGGUGAUGGGUAAGAGGCCAGUUAGUCACUGGGUGACAGGAAGUUGGGAUUUAUGCACAGUGACUUGUGGCAGCGGUCUUCAGAAGAGGCUGGUGCAGUGCCAGAGCUCGGAGGGGCGUCCUGCAGUGGACUGUGACAGUGCUGACAGGCCUGUAGCAGUGAGAGCAUGUGGGGAUCCAUGUCCCAUAUGGGAUGUAGGUGCCUGGUCUCACUGCUCCAAGUCCUGUGGAAGGGGCUUUAAAAGGCGGCCAGUGCGCUGCAUGACCGAGAAUGGUAUGAAUCUGCCCAGAGACCACUGCUCUGGGAGGAGGAAGCCUCAGGAACUGGACCUCUGCAACCUAAAGCCAUGUUAGAGCAGAACAGACGGAGCACAUGGACUUAUUUUUAAAAGUCAAACUGAUGAUUUGACAUGAACCUUAGCCCAAAUCAGCAUGACAAUGAUUCUAUGGCUGUGUUGGGUGGAAAUACUCUUCAGUCUGACUAUGUCUGCAGGAGCAUCUGUUCCAGAAAAGAAAGCCAGAGGAGACAGAGAGGGGCCUCCUCCAUUGUUUGAAAAGACAGAGAUCUGUUUACAUAUUAAAAAAAAAAAAGAAGGAAAGCUGUGUUCCCGUAAACUGUCAAACCAGACCAUCUGUGGCAGGUUUGACUUUUGGUUAGUCUACCUCUACCAGGAAUGAUGACACAAUGCCUGUGCAAACUGUAUACAGGCAGUAAGAGAGGAGAGAGACGCAGAGACAGUGAUCACACACAUCUGCACACAAACAUAAUGUCUUGGUAGGAUUACAUGCAUAGGAUGAGAUUUCACAUUAAGGAUGGACGAGAGUUUGUGAGACUCACUCUGUGCUGUUAUCAGAAGCAGAUAUCUGUGAACUGACAUUUUUCUCUUUUCACUGAGGAACUAAUCAAUAUGUGAAACACAGUACUGUAUCUGCCACAUUCGAGACCUGAUUGGUCUGUGCAGUUCCUACAUCUUUGUUUGUGUGUGUAUUUGAUUGUUUAAUUUUUCUUGAUUCGGUGCUAUUGGCUGUGGUCUGACGUAGAAAAAUCAAACUGCCAUUCAGAGUCAGUUCAUCUUAACAAAUAGCUUUACGAGCUUUAUCUGCUUCUAAACUGAAAAACAGUCAACAUUAUAUCCUACGCACUUGAAACAGCCUUUAUCAAUUAGAUCAAUAUCAAAGAAUCCCUGAAUCUUACUAGCGACCAAAAGUCUAUAAAUAUUUUUUUAUAACAGGAAAAUUAGUUUAGUCAGAGCUAAGAUGUUAGCAUUUUCCAUGUGGAUUUAGGAUUUAGGCUGUUUGUAUGGUGCAGUCGUAACUCGUCUUUGUCAGCUGUUUGUUCUGUGUUGCCAAAGAGUUAUAACCUUCCACAAAGCCUUAGUACUGUGAGAGACACCUCUCUGCAUGAGCUGGACAGAAGCAUGGCUUGCUCAAAGAACCAUCACUGUACAUUUCUGUCAACAGAAAAUUAAUCUACAGCAGCAAUGCUGAUAAUCAAUCAAUGUAAAAGUAGGAUUUUUCAUGCAAAAACGUCACUGGUUCCAGCUUCUUACAUGUGAAGAUUUUGAUGCUUUUGUCUCUCUUAUGUGGUAGUUAAUUGAAUAGCUUCAGGUUUUGGACUGUUUGUUGGACAAAACAAACAAUUUAAAGAUGCCGUGUUGGGAUCUGGGAAACUGACAUGGGCAGUUUUCACUGUUUUCUAGGCCAAGAAGUAUCAAAAUAUCCAUUUCUCAAACCACUGUGUGUAUCUAUAUGUUCAGUAGGCUAUAGUCCUAACAGUCAAAAACUAUUUAUUUUUAUAAAUAAUAAUAAUAACAAUAACAAUAACAAUAAUAAUAAUGCUUUCAGGAGGUAAAGGAAGAUAAGAUAAUAGACAUAGACGUAAAUUCAUAAUUUAAGAAAUAGAACAUUCCCAAAGACAGAAAUUUGCAUGCUACAGUAAAUGAAAGGAAAUGUAUUAGUUGCUUAAAAAGUCUACAGUACUGUAAAAAUGUUUUAUGACAAUGUUUCGGAGCAAAGACAGUUUUAUCUGAUCUGAUGCUCCGUAGAAGGUUGUUCCAAGAGACGAGGAAGAUGAAACAAAGUUGAUCUCUGGGUAAAAUCCUUGUUGGUUAGUGGCAUUUCCUCAACUUUCACCGGCCUCUGUCCUACUGCUGCAUGGCUGCUUCAACACCUGUUGGCCAAGACCAGCAAGACCUCACCAAUGACGUCUUGCCGUUAAGGCCAGACCUAACCAAUGAGCCAAAACAUUAUGGGAGGGGGAAUGCAGGGGAAACUGGUAAGUGUAAAGACCUGAGCAACUUUGACAAGGGCCAAAUCAUUAUGGCUGGACACCUGGAUUGGUGUAGCUCAAACAUGGCAAGGUUUGUGGGAUCACAACCCUGCUCCCUCACUGUUUUGGCUCAACAGUGAACAUUGAGCCAAAACAUGCAUCAGCCUUUGUUUGGGACCUACUACACAGUUUGCCUGAACCAUCAGAAAGUAAGUGGUUAGAUCACUUUCCUUAAUGAUCCACUUACUCUCUUUAGUGACCUGUAAGUGUAAGUGGCAAAAGCCUUAGAUUACCCAUGACACAUGGCAAAAUCCUGUCUAAAACACUAUCACCAAACACACAGUGGUGUACUUUUCAUCCUGGUAUUCCUGGUUUUCAUUUCAUUUCAACUGUUACUGCAUUUCCAACACAGAUGGAAAUAUGUGGAGUUCAAUAGAAAAUGACUCAACAGUCUUAAAAUACUUCGUAAAAGUCCAUCACAGAAAAAUGCUAGAUAAGGUGAACUGAUGAGCACAGUCCCAACAUGACCUUCAACAAAAAAACAAAACUCAUUUCAGUCUUAAUCUCUGCUCUGCUUUGGUUCAGAGGGACCUGUUUUACCAUCUAAAAGAUGGUUUUGUGCUUUGUGCAGUCAUUUUCUUUCUUUCACAUCAUGUACAGAUAAUAUUAUUUUUAUCAGUUGUCUUUUGUACUGUAUACUAUGUAUACAUUCAUCUAGCAGCAUAAAAUAAAUAUGAGAU